AUGUUUUUGCAUACUUUAGGACUUAAAACAGAUGGUAUGAUAACUUGCCAUAUACAUUCCAAAAAGCGAAGUGUAGAAGGAAUUGCACAAACAGUGGAUGAAAGGGGGUUAGUUAUUAGAGGCAUGCUAGAAGAACAAAAAAUGAGAACAGAGGAAAUUGUCAUAAAGCAUAUAAACUCAUUCAAUCCGGUAGUAUCUCACUAUAAUUUAAAGCACACCCCGAAUAGACGAUUCUUGCCACCUGACUUGACCAUUAAAUACAUGUGGCAAGACUUCUGUAAUCUACAGAAAAUUUCAUAUGAUCUAUACAGAAGAAUUUUUGAAAAACAGAAUAUUGGGUUUAAAAAGCCAUCCCAAGACGAAUGCGCUCAGUGUCUAAAACAUAAAGUUCACAUUAUUCGCCAAUGCGACGCAAGUAGUUGCAAGAUUUGUUGUCAAUUCGAAAACCACAAAAAAAGUUAUACGGAAGCAAGACAGCACUAUGAAAAUGACUCCAAUCAAGAGGUAAUGCAAGAUGAGAAGGUCUAUGCUGUAGAUAUGCAGAAAGUCUUACUCUUGCCCAAAAUGUCAACCAAGGAAUCUUUUUUUGUUUCAAGGUUGGUCGUAUUCAAUGAGACGUUUGCGUCACUUCAUAAGGACGGAAAUAUUUGCGUGAUGUGGCAUGAGGCUAUAAGAGGCAGGUCCGCGACGGAUGUUGCAUCGGCAUACUACAACGUAAUAAAAAAUUCAGACAAUGUUACCAAAAAAUUUACAUUCUGGGUAGACAACUGUUCUGCUCAGAACAAGAAUUGGACACUAUAUUCUGCUUUUGCGACUUUUGUAAAUUGUGAAUGGGGUCCAGAAGAGAUCACCCUAAAAUAUUUUGAACCAGGCCAUUCAUUUAUGGCUGCGGAUUCGGUUCAUGGCCGAAUCAGCACAGAAAUGAAAAAACACCCAAACAUUUAUGAUUUUGAACAGCUUCUGAAAAUAAUUGAGCAGUCCUCAAAAAAAACUAAAUGUUUGCCUAUAAAUAAUUUUGAUUUUUUCCUCUUUGAAGAUGGAAGCAAACAAAGAAAAAGCAAUAAUAUACCUCUUCUUGAAAAAAUUAAGCUCGCUCAGUUUCGCAAAGGAUGCAGACACUUGUUUUAUAAAGAAUGCCAUAAUGAAACUGUCUUUCAGGAAGUCGAGUUUUUGAAAAAAAAAGUUGAUCUCAAAUUCCCUAUACAUCCUUUUGUCGAGCCACUGGGAUUGAACUCAGAAAAAAGAGAAACAAUGUUAAAAAAAUUGGUACCAUCCUUCAAAGAUGAAAGAAAGAAACUAUUUUGGCAGUUUUUGCCAUCUUAUGAUAAUUCCAAAGACUUAUGUGUGGUAUCAGAGGCUUAG